AUGUCUUCCGAUGCGGAUUCAGGUGGUGGUGGUGGGAAUCCUGACGAUCGUCUGAAGAGUUUGCGAAAUGCAGUUGACCAUUUGGAAGCUGGUAUUUGCAGCCUUAUUGACUUUAUUCUCCCAGCGACCAUCGCGUCCGACGCGUAUGAGAUCGGGAUUCCAACAGAAACCUUGGAACAGCUGAUUGAUAUCAUCACAAAACCAAAUCAUCUUGAUCAGGCGACCAUUACGACUCUGAUCAAGAAUUUAUAUGCCCUGGAGAAGAUACCGUCUAUCAUUGUCACGAAAAUCGUUGGCUGUCUCGGCCCAAGCAAAAGUAAGCCAUCUCCAGCAACGCAGGCAUUGCUUCUACGAUGGCUGCUCUUGGUUUACGACUGCCUGGAGGACCAAUCUCACUUGUCCAAGCUAUAUGCGGUACUCUUCAACAAUUUGGACAUGAUCAGUUUGCGCCGUCCACUUUGCCAUCUACUCUCUUUAAUCACAAGGCGCAAGCAUGUGAAACCGUUCCGAAUCCAGGCGCUGAUGGAGCUCCUGCGUAAUGUCGGCGACGAUGAAAGAGAGCUUAUGGGCUUCCUCCGGGUGUUCAAGAAUUACUACCCGGACAUUAUUGUCGGUGACGUCGGACGCUCUAGAAAAGCGUCGUUCUUUUUCAAGCAUCCCGAUCCCGAAUGGUCAGCCCACCUGAAAGAACUUCAGGAUCGAAACCGCGAGAGGGUCAUGUCUUCGACAACCUCAACGACCUUCCAGGUCGUGCGUCGCGGUGGGGUGAAAAGGAGCAAGGUCGAAUCCGUCAUCCCAGAUGUCCAGACGUCACGAGUUCAGCCGAGCCAUACGUCCUUGGAAGAAUUGCGAAAUGUGACGGACUUUGUGGAGAAUCUGGAGAAGAUCGAGUUACCCAAUCAGAUGGUAUCGGUGUUGGGAGACCGUCUGGCCCAGAAAUACAUGCUCCUUGUCGGGCCCAAAAUCGCGAAGCUCCGACUAGAAGAUUGGCUGGAGACCUUUUUAAAAGAUGAGUUCGAGCGUGCCAACCUGGCCGAGUCUGAUGAGCCCGAAGCUCUUGGCUAUGUACUCAGUGUCGCUACUGAGUAUGUCCGUUCCACAAAGCAACUGCCUGGUGCAAUACAAUCGUUUAUCAAGGCAUAUCUCCGUUCGUGGAAUGGAAGAGAUAACAGAAGCCAGAUUCUGAACCUUCUGGAGUUCUUACCAAAGGGUCCAUACGAGGACCUUCGCAGAGAGUUUCUCGAGCCACUGGAGAAUGCCAUUUUAGAUCAUACUCCUUCUUCACGAACGGCUCUUCUUGAUUUCUACUUUUCGCUCAUUCGACAAUGGGGAGUUUCGCUCAGGACGGAGGAAUCUGCCCCUGGUGCAGCUGGCUUCACGCCUUUGAUUUCCCUUAUUACACAUGCAGAGUUGCUUUGCUUGUCGGUGUUAGAGGUUCCUUUCACCACAUAUGAUCGUGAUACCAAACCACCGAAACCGAUUUCCACGUCCAUUCUCCAAUUGUACACCGGUCUUGCCAAUCUCUAUUCGCACGCAGCCGAUAAUGGGAACAUCCGUCUCACUAUUCCCUUGGCUCCGACCGUUUACCAUCUUGCCUUUACCUCGAGUCUCGCCCAAAUCUCCCUUCUCUGCGCUGUCCUCGCAACCUAUAAAUCGUCAUUCGAGGAAUCGCUGGCUUCUCAAACUUUGCAGUCCCCGAAACCUGGCGGAGCUCUCUACCCUACCCAGAUGGUGGGACAAUUUAACGGCUACAUCAUGGACCUCUGUAACCUGGUCUGGCGCAACCGUGGUCUAAACUCCGAGGAUCCGAAUGCGCUUGGUUGUCUGCUUCCCGCUCCGACAAUAGCUGCCCUGACUGAGUACAUCAACGAUUCGAAUGAGACAAUGCGACGUCGCAAGCGCCCUGAAGGGCCAGCCUUCCACUACACUCUCCCGACCAUGUUCUCUUUGAGCCAUCACGUCGCGCUCGCGGACCAUUCUGCAGCUUGCUUUGCUGAUUUCGAAGAUCAGCAGGUGACUAAAGAAGAUCAAGCGCGGUUGAGGAGACCCGUCACACAAAAGGCGCUGACUGCGCUAGAGAAAGAAGGCGGAGUGAAAGUCAGUUGGCAAGAGUAUCGGUUGAAGAUGCUGGAUUGGUUUGAUGACAGGGGCAGCCUAGGGAUCGGUAAAUUGAUGAGAAGUACUAUGAAAGCGCUACGCAAGGAAACAUAA